AUGGCGGGAUCACGCACAACACCAGCACUGGCGACCAUGCCAACAGAGAUCCUGUGCAUGAUCGGGGCCAACUUGUCUGAUCAUGAGAUCAAGGAAUGGACCCUGGCAUCAAAGCGGUUCCGCGAUCUCUUUCUUCCCCGACUCUGCAAGAAACUCAAGUUCUCUGGCAAUAUGGAGCAACUGACAAACCACCUUCACGCCUACUUUGCCAACAAGACAGAUCCGUUCCGUGAUCUAGUCCACCGUCAUACGAGAUAUGUGACAUGCAACGUUCAUAGUUUUGACACCAUCAGUCAGAUGAACACUUGGAUUCUAGCCUAUGAAAUCAAAGCCAUACCAAUUGGGCAGUUUUUGGUGGACACACCCAAACUCCACGGCGUGGUUUUCAAGAUCUGGCUCCCGAACCAGAAAGAAGAAUACAAAUUUCACAAGUUCAUUCGAAAGGGCCCAGACUGGCCAGAUCCUAAGCAUCUCUAUUUCAAAACAUACAUCGAAGAAUCGACGAUGGGCAAAAUCAUCCGAAUGUUCGAACCAGGGACCCUCAAUGGAAUUUCUUCCCCUCCUGGAUCUUCAAAAGAACACUACGGCGAACUAAUACGUAACGGUGCCGAUCUCACUUCACUGCGCCUGGAUAGACAAUUUUUCGAUGACGGUGGAUUCUUCAACACUGGUCAUGGAGUUGUUCUAAGCCUGAAUGAUAGGCUUAUGGACAGCAUCAGCAGAUACUUUACUCGGCUCGAGUCACUGAUUCUUUGUGAAAAGACUCAUGACCCAACUGCUACGACAUUCGGUGGUGAUUCAAAUCGGGAUCGAUUGUUACGAAUCAUUGACAGUAUCGCGUCAACACUCUAUAAUAUGCCGCGGCUACGUCGAUUUGCAUUCACUCUGAGUGCAGUGCGAUUUGGUGACCAUGCUAUCAAUGCGCUUACGACGCAACUAUUAGCCAGACUCAGGAACAAAGCUCUGCUGCCCUUCGAAGCUCAAGGGCUUGAAGGCGUAUACAGAUUGUUGAUUACCUAUUUUGCCGCCCAUGCAAAAAGUCUCGAGGAGGUUUGCAUUACAUCUCGGUAUCCUAUGUUCUACCGAGCAACAUUCACGGACGGCGUAUGGAAGAUGUCUCAAGAGUCUUUCGAUGAUCACUCUGAGAACUACUUAUUCCCGACUAGUGGAAUUUUUGCACCCUGUAAGCAGACACUGAGAUUUUACAGAUUCACGCUUUAUAUGCCGACCGAAGUCCUUCGUAUGAUCGGAUCACACCUUCGCGAAGGUGAUUUCCAAAUCGCUACUUUUGUUUCCAAGCAUCUUCGAUCGGUCUUCUUGCCUCAGCUCUUCAAAAAGCUCAAAUUCUCUGGCACCUUGAGAAAGCUGGUUUGCGAAAUGAGAUCUUUGCUUCACGGCGAAUUCAGAGACUUCAUGAUGCUUAUUCUCUCCGCUCUAAAUCCCUUCGAGGAACGUACCGACUCGCACCUUUCGGCAGACAGAAUCGCGGUCAUUAGUGAAUUCGUUUCCAAACUAUCAUCAAUCGAUGUGAUAACCUUUAAGUUUGGCGUCGAACACCGCUCGGGGGCACGUAGAUCUCUGUUGGAGCUUGCCAUGACCGAGGCGUUGGGCAACACGCCGCAGUGGAGUGGCCCCAAGACAGUCGUGUUUUCUGGUCGCAGGAACUUGCCGAUUUUCACUGCUAUCGUGAAUCAAUUUGCCCCCAACACUGUCCAGGUAGUCCAGCUUCCUCGCGGCUCCGCAAGGAAUCAUCUUCUCGCCCUGAAAUCAACAUUUCCCUCCAUCAAGGGUUUGAAGGCUGAUGUAUCUCGCUUCUCUAGUGAAUCACGAACCCUCGCUUGCAUGAAGAGAGACGUCCUGAUUGCAUUUGAUCGUGACUUUCCGAACCUGGAGUCGCUCGUUCUUGAUCAGCUCUGUAUUUCUGAGUUCACGAGGCACUUUGGCUGUUUCAGAAAGGCACCAGGUCUGCCUUUUCUCGAUGAAUGGUGUGAGGAGCUUGCUAUGCAGCUGAAGGCGAUGCCACGAUUACGACGUUUCUCGUUCGCACUCCAAAAGGACUUGAUGACUAAAGAAUACGAUUGGGACCCGUUUGACCGGCGCGCCGAGCAGUUGAACCGCGAAGAGCGCACUUCUGAGCUAAACAAGUGGCCAGCCUGUUUUCCCACUGAUGAUCAACAGGAUGAGUGGCAUUCAGGACUCAUCACUCAGAUUCUCAACACGGUUCCACAUCUCAGAGAGCUUUGUAUCACGAUCUAUCCUUGGCUAUUCCAUCGAGGAACCAAGACCGAAGGCGUCGUGGCGGUUUCCCGAGUUGAAGCUACUGAUCCCCGGCAAGGAAUUCCGAUUCCCCUAUAUUAUACGUUGAUCUUAACGAGGUUCUGGGGUAGAGGAAACCGAAUUAAGGCCAACAUUUAA